GCUGCGAGGCUGUGGCGGCGGCGGGCGGGCCAUGAGGGCGCUGCUGGCGGCGCUGCUGCUGCUGCUGCUGCUGGCGGCGCGGGGCUGGGGCGGGCAGUGCCCGGCGCGCUGCGAUGUGUCCCGCUGCCCGAGCCCCGGCUGCCCCAGCGGCUACGUGCCCGACGGCUGCAACUGCUGCCUGGUGUGCGCGGCCGGCGAGGGCGAGGCGUGCGGCCGGCCCGAGGACCCGCCGUGCGGGGACAGCCUCCAGUGCCGCUUCCCGGCCGCCGGCCGGCCCCGCGGCGCCUGCCAGUGCGAGCUCAGCGCUCCCGUCUGCGGCACCGACGGCCGCAGCUACGCCAACGUGUGUCGCCUGCAGGCCGCCGGCCGCCGCGCUCUGCAGCAGGGGCUGCCCUCCGUCCUGCUGGCCCCCGCCGGGACUUGCCGAGCCGAUCAUCCACAGCCCAACAGCCCAAGGUAUAAGUUUAACUUCAUCGCAGAUGUGGUGGAAAAGAUUGCGCCAGCCGUUGUGCACAUAGAACUUUUUCUCAGGCACCCUCUGUUUGGCCGUAACGUCCCUCUCUCCAGUGGCUCUGGCUUUAUUAUGUCUGACACGGGACUGAUUCUUACCAAUGCCCAUGUGGUGUCCAGCAGCAGCACAGCCACUGGGCGGCAGCAGUUGAAAGUGCAGCUCCAGAACGGGGAUACGUAUGAAGCGACCAUCCAAGACAUUGACAAGAAAUCAGACAUAGCAACCAUAAAGAUAAAUCCACGGAAAAAAUUGCCUGUCCUCCAAUUGGGCCAAUCUGGGGAUCUGAGGCCGGGGGAGUUUGUUGUGGCCAUUGGGAGUCCCUUUGCUUUGCAGAACACGGUGACGACAGGCAUCGUCAGCACAGCCCAGCGGGAUGGCAAAGAGCUGGGCCUGCGUGAUUCGGAUAUGGGCUACAUUCAGACAGAUGCCAUUAUCAACUAUGGAAAUUCAGGAGGACCUCUAGUCAACUUGGAUGGGGAAGUGAUUGGCAUCAAUACUUUAAAGGUUACUGCAGGAAUUUCCUUUGCCAUUCCAUCUGAUCGGAUCUCCCAAUUCCUGUCGGAGAAUAACAGCAAACAAAGUAAAGACGGGAAGAAAAGGUUUAUUGGCUUAAGGAUGCUGACGAUAACACCUGUACUAGUCGAAGAACUGAAGUUUAAUAAUCCAGAUUUUCCUGAUGUCAGUAGUGGAAUUUAUGUACAUGAAGUUAUUCCAAAUUCCCCAUCUCACAGAGGUGGAAUUAAGGAUGGAGACAUAAUUGUUAAAGUGAACGGACGUCCAUUAAUGACAUCUGCUGACCUGCAAGAGGCGGUGAUGAAGGAAUCGCCUCUCCUACUUGAAGUUAGAAGGGGAAAUGAUGACUUAUUGUUUAACAUAGAACCUGAAGUAGUGAUGUAAACCAAACUGAGGAAGAUCAUUAUACAGAUAGACUCAUUUAUUCUGAAACAUCAAAUACCUCCUUGGUACCUUGUGUUGGCUGGUGACAAGGUGGGGUAAUUUAUUUCCUGAGCCAUCACUGUGCCAGACAGUCAACAGCAGUCUUUCAACAGCUCAACUUCUUAAUUGGUGUCAUUGCAGAUGUACUUGGAAGGAGAUCACUCUUGUAGUUUUGCAUGGGGAAGCAGCUCACAGUGAACAUUUGAAAGGCCAAAAUUUUUCCCUUGUGGUUCAGCAAUUGUGAAACUGUUUUUGUUUAUUUAGGAUCAGAUUCUAAACGGCAAACUAUUACUUCCAAAAUACUUUUGUGGGUAAGUCCAUCAGUCCCUGCUGCUUCAGCUUCUGUGGGGAUUUCACCCACUCUGCUGGCUGUCUUGUGGUUUGUAGGUAGUAGCUUAAGUCAAACUGGCUGAAAACAUUUGGAAAUUUCCAUACAUGUAAAAUGGUUUGUUAACUGUUUGGGCAAAUGUUACAUAUGAAUUGAUGUGAGAAAUUACAAAUACGCACAGGAAGAGAAAUGAUCAGACAUAAGGGUAGAUUAUAGUGGCUACAGUUCAAGAGCCUUCCCUUUGUAUUGUCAAUAAACAUACGUUGUCUAUGGGGAUGAGUGUGUGAAAUAAUUCUUAGUUCAGGGGAAGAAACAAACCUUAAACCUCAGAAGUUUGCAGUAAAGUGUGUGUGUGUGUGAGAGAGAGAGAGAGAGAGAGAGAGAGAAUUGGUCUUCACAUAAAACUUUCCAUCCCAAGACACCUGCUUUAUAAAAUCCCAUUCAGCUUCCCAGAACUAAUGAACAUGCCCUACAACUUCCAGUAAGGAUAACCAGCCGAUGGGCAGGGCCAGAAGACUCAAAGAAGAAAGAUGGCGAAGAAGCAGCGUUAUUUCUUCAAGAGAGAAGAGUCCCCCUCCCCCAACCUGUUCACUCUAUUCAACGGUGCAGGCAAAGGUGAUGCAGGUUUUCUUUUUGGGAAAUUUGGAUGGGUGUAUGACAGAUCAGGGGUGUGUGGUUGUGUCUGUUUAAAAAUGCAGUAUUUGUCUUUGUAAUUGCGGUGGCAUCAUUGUUUGCCGUAAAGGGAGAGUGAUUGCAUGGUGUGUAAAUGAUUAGAAAAAAACAAUUGUGAGUUCCUAUCUGUCAUCCUGCUUGGGACAAAUAGAAGGCCCUCCCCACACUCUUCCCCAGUUCAGUCAGCACUCUGGACAUGCACAUUGGAAGCCUUCAGGAGCUUCUUCAGGCACAGAUGAAAAGAAAGGAGGGCGCUGGGAUGGCUGUUAGGGGCAGCCCUGGAGCUAGUUGGGCCAGAAAUCUUGCCAUGUUGAUGGCAAGCGGCUGGGCAGGCCACCCUGUGACCACCCAAAGUUGUUUAAUUUGUGAAAUAAAUAUUUCAAAGGUGUUUAUGAAACCAGGAGUGGUCUGAGCUAUUGCUCCAUUAUGCUGUUUGGUUAAUCUGGCCCUGACCACAGGUUUGUGUCAUAUGGAGGUUAUACAAAAGUGGGAUGUCGUAAAUGAUUCUUAUAGAAUUAUUGCCUCAUAUAAUCACAAAGCAAUGUGCAAAGCAAAGCUGAAACUUUGAAAAAGUGCACAGUUUUUCAGGGGUUUAAUUUUUUUCAUUGUAUUGGAAAGCAUUAUUGUACAAAUUGUAUACAUAUGACAUGUACUGUAAGUUCCUACUGUACAAAGAAUAAACUUUACACAAAUAAAUUUUGUAAAAUCAUGUUUUGCUAAUUAUUUUCUUCCAAGUAUUGGUACGUAGUAGGAGAGUUUAACAUUUCCAGAACUUUUGAAGCCACAGGGAGAUUCAAAUUGAAAGAUAUGCAAUACUUACUUUCCUAUCAAACAUAAACUUCUUUUACUGAUUUAACAAUAUACAAUGCAUAAUUUAUAACAUAGCAUUUAGAACUGUAUACCCAAUAAUUAAGACAGAUUGCCAACUGCUGUUCCUGUGCUAUUAUAACACCAUGUAUCUUUAAUUUUGCCAUCGGAGGCAGGAAAAGUUGGAGAUA